AGCUCUCAGCAGCAAUCACAACAGCCGCAACAACAACAAGCCGACUUUCAAUCAGCGCACAAUUCGCAUAUGGACCAUAGCAACUAUGACACCACAGAAAACCAGCUCGCUGGUCUUGUACAAGCUGCUACUGCUGCAGCAGGCCAGGAAGUCUCCGAUUGGGCUACCGCAGCAGCCGCCGCCGCCGCCGCCGGGCAUCAUCACCUCGAGGGAUAUUCGGCAGACCUAAAUCUUGCAGAGGACGGUUUCGGUGAUGGGGCAUUCGGUGGCCUUGGUUCUGCGCCCGCUGCUAAUCGCCAGCUUCGAGGGUCGACGGCCAACGGGCAAGGACAGGGUUUAUCGCGAGCUGUUUCGAAGAAGAGGAAACGCGGAGAAGAGGCACUUGACCCGGCGUUGACUGCUGCUGGCGGCCAGGGUGAUCAACAACAGCAGGCAUUUGAUGCAAGCGAAUUGAGUAUCAGAGAACUGCCCCCGCAACAAUCGUUGACUGAUGCGCGAGCUGCGGGCGUGCAUUCUGCAGCUGCCCUAUUUCGACAACCGUCCAAUACUAAGAAGUACACUCGUCCUCCAAUGUCGCGAUUAUUUGCGUCGCUUGAGCUAUCGCCGGAGAACUUUUUGCAUCUACAAGCGGCUGCGAAGAACUACAUGCUAGACGAUAACCAUCCAGAGCGACGAGAGUGCGUCGGCCAACGCGGAAAAGGGGAUACUGAAAUGGUGAAGUUGCGGCUAUGGAACUGCGUGCGCGACUUUCUUGAUGCUGAAGGGUAUGGAGAACGGUUCUUCGGAGAGCAUGUUACCAAUGAAGAUAUGCCACCUCGGCAGUUCAUUUGGCCACGCGAUCAGCAUAAGAUCAUUUCGCUCGUUAUUCCGUUGCUUCGUCGUAUGGUCACAAACGAGCGUCAGAGACAGUAUGCGAUUGAAACUCGUAAGGGUGGGGUAGUUGAAGAGCGCAAACGCAGAAAGACGGAUGACAUUAUUCAAGAUUUGAAUACCUCUGAGCACACACAGGAUGCGCAACAUCAGCACCGGCAAAUGCACCAGCACGGACAUGAUCACUUCCUAUCAGCCCCUCCGCCUCCUCUGCCUCCACAUAUAUCAUCUUCAUCACCUGAAAUGGGCUUGGGUCUGUCAGAACUAGUGAUGGACGGGUACCCUGCAGAUUGGGAUAAUGUGUCUAAGUCGUACAGUGCACUGAACCAAGACUAUCAGUUAGAUACGCUUUGGGGAGUAUCAGGCUUGCAGCAGCCAGACUGGUGGGGACUUGUUGCUGCUAUAGACAGCCAUUAUCAAGUGAUGCAUCACGGCAACCCAACGGAUUGCGUUCCUGCUUGCGAAAAGAAUUAUAUGGAUAACAUUAUCUCGUCUGAUGAACUUAUCAGCCUAGAUUGGAGAGUUGGUGGCGGAUCUGACAAGACCGUCCGUGAGCAAUUCGCAAGCAGCAUCACCCGUGAUCUCACGCGAAUAAUCAAAGAGAAUCUCGUCAAAAGAGGACAGGAGCCUACUCCCUCUCACCUCAACACCCCGACUCACACAGAGACACACGGGCUGUCGCACACUUCGUACAUGCAAUCAAUACACCAGUCCCCGUUUGACUCGGGCCCAGCAACAAACCACACCCACCACGACGAGACGUCGCCCAUCACCCUGCGACUCAAUGUUAUCCAAGACGGCAAACGCGUGGUUCCGCGACUCGAUGUUACAGCAGAACAAUGUCCCGAUCUCCCCAGCUUGCGCAACCUGAUCGGCCACCGCUUCGCCACCCAGCUGCCGACUUACCGACUAGAUGGGAACGGUAACGUGGAUUCGUCGCGUUGGAAAAUUCAAGUCUGGCUCCCUGAGGGCUUGGUUUCGGUGACCAACGACGGCGAUUGGACGAUCGCGCAGCUGUCGGCUGGCACGAUCGACUGGAUGGACAAUGAUUUACGAGUUGUCGUUGACAUU